AGUAAGAAGAUGAACACAAACUAGACGAAUAUGGAGGAAGUAAAGGUACUAGGGUUCUGGACAAGUCCAUAUCCUUACAGGGUUAUAUGGGCUCUGAGACUCAAGGGUGUCAAAUAUGAAUAUAUAGAAGACGACAUAUACAAUAAGAGUGAUUUGCUUCUCCGGAGUAACCCAGUGCAUAAGAUGGUUCCAGUGUUUUUUCAUGGUGGAAAAAUAAUUGCAGAGUCCACUGUUAUUCUUGAGUACAUCGAAGAGACGUGGCCUCAGAACCCUCUGCUACCAAAUGACCCUUAUGCAAGGGCCAUGGCUCGGUUUUGGACUAAGUUCGGAGAUGACAAGAGGCCAAAC